AUGAUAUUCAUAGCAAUAAAAAAUUCAAAAGCGAUUCUGAGCAAUCAAACAUUUUCCAGUGUAUACACAAACUAUCCUAAAAAAAAAGGAGACAGCAAUGAACUCGAUGGUGAAAGAAAGAAUGGCAUUGGAGUGCAGAGAGGGCAAAAACAAGAUAAAGAGGGGACGAUAUUAGUGGAUGGUGGAUACCGAAAGAAGUGGAUACAAAACGAAAACAGGGAUGAGCGAGUAAAAUGGAAUGAGACAGAGAGGGGUUGGGUAACGAGAGGAAAGAGAAACGCAGUGUACGAGGGAGAGUCUGAUAACGGAGGGUGUGAGUUGCCAGAGGGGGCGGUGAACGCCGGAGUAAGCGAACGAGGGUGGAUGCUAGUGGAGGGUGGCUUCAGAGUGGUGGAAAUCAAGUUAGAGUGGGGAGGGGGAGGAGAAAUGAAGAGGUGUCGUUGUGUGUGUGUGUGUGUUCAUAACACACCGUUAAUUUAUGUGUGUACGUGUGUAUGUGCGAUAUCGUCUGUGCAAGGGGCAAUGCUCCACUCACACACACACCUGCAGGUGCUUGCCUGUGCACCUCGUUUGCAUGUGUGUGCAUAUGGAUGGAUGUGCAUGUGUGUGUGUGUGUGCAAAAGUACAGGCGAUUCAUAUUGCAAGCGGCGGAAGUGCGAAAGCAUCGAAUACUUGUGUGAGUCAUUUUCGUUUAUGUGUGUGUAUACGUACGCGGGUGUACGCAUAUGUGUGUGUGUGUGGAUGUAGGCGUGUUGGGGUUCGAUUCGCGUGGCUCAUGGCCGAGGGAUUUCACUGUGCAACCGUCAAGCUCUAUAUGUUGUGACCGAGAGAUUUCACAAUUUUACUAUAUUCGUCCCUUCGUACACAACUACUACCUCAUUUGCCCCCCCCCUCUCCCCACCUCCCUUCGGCCGCCCCAUUACAGAGCAUACAGCAACGUAGUUGUCACAGAGAGUGAGAUAACGAAUGAGAAUAUAUCGCGCGGAUUUGUGUACUACGAGUAACUCGAUUCAAAAGGUAACAUGAGAAUCGUCAAAUUUUGAAUGUCUAGUUUGAGUGUUUUGCAGGGUUUGUGGUACGUCAUGGGUUUUUACGGGAUUUGGGGGAUAUUUAUUAGGACUUUGGAGCACUGGUGCAUUAGGUAACUGAAAAAAUGAAUUCCCGAGUGAGAGUUAUUAAUAUUAAUAUUUUUGUAGCUCAGACAAAUUAUUAAUGAAAAAUGAAUGGAAUUGUAAUUUGUAUUUUCAGGGCAGGACAUUGAGCUUUAUUAUUGGCAAAUUGAUGUGCUGUCAGUUCUACAAUUAUCGAUAACUUUCGCGAAACAUUUAUUGUACUAAAAUUCGAGAAAAUAUGCUCGGAUAUAUUUUUUUAAUGAAUUUUUUAAUAGAGUUUAAUUGGUAAAAUAUUUGUUUCGUAAUGGACAACUCGGUGGUGCGUAUUCUCUACUGCCGACAAUUGGGGUAAUUUUGAUAAUGCUAUCUCACUUGUGUUUAACACUUUGGGUGAUGAGAGUACGAGAAUCGAUAGACCACGUGGAUUCCGAGUGAAUAGCCUUUCUGAUGUAACCCACGUGUGUGCAGAGGCUGGCGGGUUAGGUUGGAUCGUCGUUUAACCCCUAGUAGACAUAUACACUGACCUUUCAAUAUCAAAGGAACGGGGGAAAAAAGCAACAGAUGCAUGCAUAAAAAAUGGAAUAACGUGGGAGACAGUCGAUUGACCUCCAUCUGAUUAAUUCCGAUACUAAGGUGUUUUGUGGAAAAAAAAACAGACAAAGGAAUGACAUAAAGUUGAUUAUCGAGGGGAGAAUUAUACAAACAUUUCACAAUUGUAAUUAUUGUAAAAUUCUGUAAAUUGUAAUUAUUUUAA